CACUGUUGCACGGUCUUUUCAUGAUCGUCGCUUCCAUCAAAUAGCUUAAUAAAUCUGUUCUCCCAAGCACCCCAAUCAAUCAUUUUCAAGAAUUGCUCAUCGUCUUAUUACUAAACUAUAUUUGGAGGAAUCUAAUCCUAUUGUGGGAUUAGUGUUAAACAAAAGCCCCAUCCCGUAAUUUCACCCAAGACACUACAAGUCAUUUCGCGACAGUGCAAGAAAUAUUGGCAAUGCCUCUGGUUAGAGCUCAGGUGAGGAAUGAGUACCGGCUCGGUCAACCGGAGCUUCACAAGGAAGUUAAUAGAGAAGAUCCUAAAGCUGCUCUUGACGGCGUCGCCGUCGCCGGUCUUGUCGGGAUGUUACGCCAAUUAGGCGAUCUUGCUGAAUUUGCAGCAGAGGUUUUUCGUGGAUUACAAGAGCAAGCAAUGAGCACAGCUUCUAGAAGUCAUAAAUUGAUGAUUCGUGUGCAACGGAUUGAAGCUGUGCUUCCUUCUCUUGAGAAGGCUGUUCUUGCCCAAACAAGCCACAUACACUUUGCUUACACAGCUGGUUACGAGUGGCACCCUCAAAUUUGCAAUGAGAAAAAUCAUUUCAUCUACAAUGACCUGCCACGAUUUAUUAUGGAUUCCUAUGAAGUUUGUCGCAACCUUCCACAUCUGCACUUGCUUGACAAAUUUGAUGCCGGUGGCCCUGGAUCUUGUUUGAAGAGAUAUUCAGAUCCAGCUUACUUUAAGAGAGCAUCAGGUAGCUCCAUUGAAGAAGAUGCUGAGAAAGUCCCAAGAGAUAUGAAGACUCGUAACAGCAAGAAAAGAAGAUCGUCCCACAGGAAUGGAGAACUAUCACGUGCUGCAUCAUUAUUGAAUCGAAGUGGCAGAAUGCAAUUUAGUUCUCCACUUGUUAAUGGGCGAACUUCUUCCUCUCAAACUGCAUCUACAGUUGACAUGGCACUGAAAUCUGAUAUGGGGGAGUGUUCAAAUUCUUUUGAUUCAAGAACUGGCUCUGGAGAUAUCAGAAGUGUUUUCAAUCUAGGUUCAUCCAUGCUACGUGAGGAACAGGAAUCCAAGGAAGUGUCUUCUAGGUUGAUGCAAGAAACUGAUACCCUUAGUUUAGAUUUUCCUGUUGAAAAAACUCGGGUUAUAGAUGAUAACUUUUCACAUAGUUUAUCACAAGAGCAGAUUGCCCCAAGUUCAUCUUGUGUAACAUGGGAUGAAAAGGCAGAAACAGUGGAGUCCAAAGCAGGAAAUUGGGAUAGAGACGAAGUUCCCGACAUGAACUUUGAUGUAGAUGUACAGGAAACUGUAGCUGCCAGCCUUGGAAAUGGUGAUGAAAUGCUUAUCCCAUUUGAUGACAUGGAUGCUCGCCAAUCAAGCUCUAUUGAGAACCAAAAAGACGAAAUUGAAAGUGAACCAGACAAUUACAAGGAUGCUCAGAACAUAAUAGAAUCUAAAUCUGAAAAAGAUAUUGGGUGUCAUACAAAACAAGAAGUGGAGCAAAGUUCUGAAAAUGACGUUGAGUGCCAAACAAAAUGGGAAGUGGAACGGAGUGAUGAUAAUGAGAAUAGAGAAGAUGGAAUGCAUGUGGUUAUGGCUGAUAAUGCAGACCAUCAUCUAUCUACAAUUGAAUCCUCUACCCCAUCCAACAGUAUUUCAAGCAAUGGGAUCUCCAUGAGCUUACCUGAUCCAGUCCCCUCAGAGAAUUUUGCAAGUGAACAGAUACCUCAAAUCUCUGGCAAAUCUUCUGAUCCUGACCAUUCACCCAGCACUGAUUUAUGCAUGAGUGAUGAAAUUCGUAAUGAUUCACCAGCAGAAUCUGUCAUCAGUCAUCCAUCGUCAUCCUCUGGCUCCAUAGUUUCUGAUAUGCAUGAUCCAGCUAGUGAUAGGAUCAUAAACAGCGUCAGUGACUCUCAAAACUCCCAGAAUGAAUUUUCUGGCAUGCAUUCAGUUGGGUUCUGGACAAAUGGUGGUCUUUUGGGCCUUCUGCCAUCAAAACCUCCUGAUUUUGCUGUGUCAACUACAGGUCAGGGUGCAGCCAAAACUAGUGAAGCAUUUGAUCCUCCAAAUCAAGCUCUUAUGGCUUUGCAUGAUGUAACCAAAGGAAAUUCAGGUACAGUAGUUGAGAAUGUGGAAAGUACUGAGAAGGUUCCAGGUUCAUGUUGUGAGAAAACUUACCUUCCAAUAACUGAUUUAGAUGCCAACCUUGAAAAACCUAUUAAUUUUCAUUGUAAUAAUUGUCCUGAUGGUUUUGAGUUGAGCCUAAACACUUCAUUCUCACAUGGAAACAACCUUGCCGUCAAUCCUAAUGUCAAAGCUACAUCUAUUGAAUCUGAUGGGGAGAAUGAUGACAACUCAUCCAGGAUGUUUGGACUUGAUCAUAACUUACUUGUAAAUGGUUUUCACAGAAAGGUGCCGGUUGGCCAUGAUGAUGAAUCAGAACCAGCCCCUUCUAUAAAAACUGGGGUAUUGGAGCAGAGGAAUGGGCACCAGAGCAUAUCAUAUGAGAAAAUCCCUUGGGCAACCUUCAAUGAGCAGACUCGAAAUGGAUCUCCUGUAAAUUCACUUACUUCUUCUCCUCCACUUGAACAUAUGAAACUAUCUUUCAACCCUAUUGAUGGGUUUGAGACUUCUAAACUCAGAUUGCAAUUUCCUGAUGGGAAUCAUUAUCAGGAAAGCAUUAGGGACAUGUUUCCUUCUUUUCAAUUGGUCCCAGUGUCCACUAUUCCAGUGCAUGAUGUUGCUUCAGACUCUGAUGAUGAUACUUUUUGCAGAUCAUCCACUUGUAUGUCGGAUGAUUGUCUUAGUCAUUGCUCUGGGUCAAAUUCUGAGCAGUGGGAAUCUGGUGAAGCCCUUGAGGAUCCUGAGGUAUAUGAUGCAUUAGGCAGAUUGUCAUUAAUGGAAUCUGUUUCAAGCUCUUUACAAGUAGGGGAAUCCAUCAAUAAUGGCAUCCAUGUUAAUGGGGGAAAUAAAACUGUAGUUCCUGGGACUGGUGCAGAACCAUCUCUACCUCUCUCCCUUGAUCUCCCAAGUUUUGAUGCCAUUAACCCUGUACAACCUGAUGAAACCAAAAGCAAUUCUGAUAAAAAGAACCAGCUAGAAUUGCAAAAUUCUAAGGAGCUCACACCAUUACCUCCAGCAACACCUCCUGCACAAUGGUGGGUUUCAAAACCCUGCUUGGAUGAGGCUGAAGAACUACAGCAUGCUUUAUUAGAGUCACUAGGACAUGAGCUUGAUCUGAAACUUUUAGGAUCUACAGUCACUAAGAAGCCUAAGCCACCCUCUGUUAAUCAUCAACAAAUUAAGGAUGAGGCAAUUGCAUUAAAGCCGGAGAAGAAGGUGGGCCAAGAGAAGUUGAAUGGUCCGAAAGAGGCAAACCAGCUCAGUAGUGUCAGGGGAGUGGAUGAAAAGGAAGAUUUCUUGCUUCAGAUCAGAAAUAAAUCUUUCAACCCAAGACCCACAGUAAUUGCAAGACCAACUGUUACAUCUGUUCCCACUGCGAAUGUUAGCAACGCAAUUUUGCAGAAAGCAAACGCAGUCCGCCAGGCUGUUGGGAGUGAUGAUGGUGGAGAUGAUGAUAACUGGAGUGACACUUGAUCAUUUUUUAAUACGGUAAUGAAAGUAAAUUCUCUCAGUCUCGAGUUUUUAAAUUUGGGUGAGGCUGUUUGACAUGUGCAUAAUGCUUGUUUCUUCUUGUAAUUAGUUAGUGGGGCUCAUCCUGUAUUUUGUAGCAAUUAUUUGCAUUCAUUUCUUGAGUAGUUAAUGUUCCGAAAGGGUAUUUAGAUGAGUCGUGAUGUAAGUUACAACAUUGAGGCAAUGAUUCAUGCAUAAUGCAUGAGGAUAUGACAAUUAAAACAGGGCAAAAAACUUGAGUUUCAGAAAUUACAAUGCAACAUGAUAUAUAUGAAUUCUUUAAUCUAAGAUGGCAUCUUUUUCUGGCCGUUGACUAGAAGGAAACGGUGGAGUCUCCAGUCAUCUCUAGAGCAAGGAUCUUGCCAGU